AUGAGCACGGACGCAGAGAUGGAGUGUUUUGGCCCGGCGUCUGUUUUCCUCCGGAAGCCAGAGAGAGAGAGGAUCGAAGCUCAGAACACGCCAUUUGACGCUAAAACGGCUUACUUUGUGUCUGAGCCCCACGAGAUGUACCUGAAGGGGAAACUCGUGAAGAGAGAUGGUGGCAAAGUCACCGUUGAGACUCUGUGUGGAAAGAGCCUCACCGUGAAAGAGGAUGACAUCUUCCCCAUGAACCCUCCUAAGUUCGAUAAGAUUGAGGACAUGGCCAUGAUGACCCACCUCAACGAGCCCGCUGUGCUGUAUAACCUCAAAGAGCGCUACGCAGCAUGGAUGAUCUACACCUACUCUGGGCUGUUCUGCGUCACCGUGAACCCCUACAAGUGGCUCCCGGUGUAUGAUGCUGUGGUUGUGGCAGGAUACAGAGGCAAAAAGAGGAUUGAGGCCCCUCCCCACAUCUUCUCCAUCUCUGACAACGCCUAUCAGUUCAUGCUGACUGACCGUGAAAAUCAGUCCAUCCUCAUCACUGGAGAAUCCGGUGCAGGAAAGACUGUGAACACCAAGCGUGUCAUCCAGUACUUUGCAACAAUUGCAGUAGCUGGAGGAAAGAAAAGUGAACAAGUUUCUGGAAAAAUGCAGGGGUCACUGGAGGAUCAAAUCAUUGCAGCCAAUCCCCUGCUGGAGGCCUACGGCAAUGCUAAGACUGUGAGGAAUGACAACUCCUCCCGCUUUGGAAAAUUCAUCCGAAUUCAUUUUGGGACCACCGGGAAACUGGCCUCAGCAGACAUUGAAACAUAUCUGCUGGAGAAGUCCAGAGUGACGUUCCAGCUGUCUGCCGAGAGAAGCUACCACAUCUUCUAUCAGCUGAUGACCGGCCACAAACCGGAGUUGCUGGAGGCUCUCCUGAUUACUACCAACCCUUAUGACUAUCCCAUGGUCAGUCAGGGGGAAAUCACGGUCAAGAGCAUUGAUGAUAUUGAGGAGUUCAUCGCCACUGAUACAGCCAUUGACAUCCUGGGCUUCACUGCAGAGGAGAAGAUGGGCAUCUACAAGCUGACUGGAGCUGUGAUCCAUCACGGGAACAUGAAGUUCAAGCAGAAGCAGCGUGAGGAGCAGGCUGAGCCUGACGGCACUGAGGUUGCUGAUAAGAUUGCGUACCUUAUGGGCCUUAACUCCGCUGACUUAUUGAAGGCACUGUGUUACCCAAGGGUGAAAGUCGGAAAUGAGUAUGUGACCAAGGGUCAGACUGUCCCACAGGUAAACAACUCUGUGAUGGCUCUCAGCAAGUCUGUCUAUGAGAAGAUGUUCUUGUGGAUGGUGGUUCGUAUCAAUGAGAUGCUGGACACAAAACAGCCGAGGCAGUUUUUCAUCGGUGUGCUCGACAUUGCUGGAUUCGAAAUUUUCGACUUCAACAGUUUGGAGCAGCUGUGCAUCAACUUUACAAAUGAGAAGCUGCAACAGUUUUUCAACCAUCACAUGUUUGUCCUGGAGCAAGAGGAGUACAAGAAAGAGGGAAUUGAGUGGGAGUUCAUUGACUUUGGUAUGGACUUGGCUGCCUGUAUUGAGCUUAUUGAGAAGCCAAUGGGCAUCUUCUCCAUCCUUGAAGAGGAGUGCAUGUUCCCCAAGGCCUCAGACACGACCUUCAAGAACAAGCUGCAUGACCAGCACCUUGGCAAAUCCAAGGCCUUCGAGAAACCAAAGCCAGCAAAGGGCAAAGCCGAAGCUCACUUUUCCCUGGUGCACUAUGCUGGCACAGUGGACUACAACAUUGUUGGAUGGCUCGACAAGAAUAAGGACCCCCUGAAUGACUCUGUUGUUCAGCUCUACCAGAAGUCUGGAAUGAAACUGCUGUCCUUCCUGUAUGCCAGCCAUGCCUCAGGAGAUGCUGAUGGUGGUGGAAAGAAGGCUGGUAAGAAGAAGGGUGGUUCCUUCCAGACAGUGUCAGCUCUCUUCAGGGAGAAUUUGGGAAAGCUGAUGACAAAUUUGAGGAGCACACACCCGCAUUUUGUACGCUGCUUGAUUCCCAAUGAAUCCAAGACACCAGGUCUUAUGGAGAACCACCUGGUCAUCCACCAGCUGAGGUGUAACGGUGUACUGGAAGGUAUCAGAAUCUGCAGAAAGGGCUUCCCCAGCAGAAUCAUCUAUGGUGACUUCAAGCAAAGAUACAAAGUAUUGAAUGCAAGUGUCAUCCCUGAGGGACAGUUCAUUGACAACAAGAAGGCCUCAGAGAAACUGUUGGGUUCCAUCAAUGUGGAUCACACUCAAUACAAGUUUGGUCACACCAAGGUGUUCUUCAAAGCUGGCCUGCUGGGUACUCUAGAGGAGAUGAGAGAUGAGAAACUGGCUGAGCUAGUGACAAUGACACAGGCUCUCUGCAGAGGAUUCCUUAUGAGGAAGGAGUUUGUCAAGAUGAUGGAAAGGAGGGAGGCCAUUUUCUCCAUUCAGUACAAUAUCCGCUCAUUCAUGAAUGUUAAGACCUGGCCAUGGAUGAAGCUCUACUUCAAGAUUAAGCCUCUGCUGAAGAGUGCAGAGACCGAGAAGGAGAUGGCUCAAAUGAAGGAAGACUUUGAAAAAACAAAGGAGGAGCUGGCAAAGGCUUUGGCCAAGAAGAAAGAACUGGAGGAGAAGAUGGUGACACUCCUACAGGAAAAGAACGACUUGCAGUUACAAGUUCAAUCUGAAGGUGAGAACUUGUCUGAUGCAGAGGAACGGUGUGAGGGGCUUAUUAAAAGUAAGAUCCAGCUUGAGGCAAAACUCAAAGAGACAACAGAGAGACUGGAGGAUGAGGAAGAAAUCAAUGCUGAGCUGACUGCCAAAAAGAGAAAGCUGGAGGAUGAAUGCUCUGAGCUGAAGAAAGACAUUGAUGACUUGGAGCUGACCCUAGCCAAAGUGGAAAAGGAGAAACAUGCCACUGAGAACAAGGUCAAAAACCUUGUCGAGGAAAUGGCAUCUCAAGAUGAGGCUAUUGCCAAACUGACUAAAGAGAAGAAAGCCCUCCAAGAGGCUCACCAGCAGACCCUCGAUGAUCUCCAGGCAGAGGAAGACAAAGUUAACACUCUGACCAAGGCCAAAACUAAGCUGGAGCAGCAAGUGGAUGAUCUUGAAGGUUCUCUGGAGCAAGAGAAGAAGCUCCGUAUGGACCUCGAGCGAGCCAAAAGGAAGCUUGAGGGAGAUCUGAAACUGGCCCAGGAAUCCAUAAUGGAUUUGGAGAAUGACAAGCAGCAGACUGAUGAGAAACUUAAGAAAAAGGACUUUGAGACAAGCCAGCUCCUUAGUAAGAUUGAGGAUGAACAGACCCUUGCAAUCCAGCUACAGAAAAAGAUAAAAGAGCUUCAGGCUCGCAUUGAAGAGUUAGAGGAAGAGAUCGAAGCUGAACGUGCUGCUCGGGCCAAAGUGGAGAAGCAGAGGUCUGAUCUCUCGAGGGAACUUGAGGAGAUCAGUGAGAGGCUUGAGGAGGCCGGUGGAGCAACCGCAGCACAGAUUGAGAUGAACAAGAAGCGUGAGGCUGAGUUCCAGAAGAUGCGGCGCGAUCUCGAAGAGUCCACCCUGCAGCAUGAGGCCACGGCUGCGGCUCUCCGCAAGAAGCAGGCUGACAGCGUGGCAGAGCUGGGAGAACAAAUCGACAACCUUCAGCGUGUCAAACAGAAGUUGGAGAAAGAGAAGAGCGAGUUCAAGAUGGAGAUUGACGACCUCUCCAGCAAUAUGGAAGCUGUUUCAAAAUCAAAGGCAAAUCUUGAAAAGAUGUGCAGGACUUUAGAAGAUCAACUAAGUGAGCUCAAAGCCAAGAAUGAUGAACAUGUUCGUCAACUAAAUGACAUGAGCGCACAAAAAGCAAGACUCACAACUGAAAAUGGGGAAUUUGGACGCCAACUUGAAGAGAAAGAAGCUCUUGUUUCUCAGCUGACAAGGGGCAAACAGGCUUUCACCCAGCAGAUUGAGGAGUUGAAAAGGCACAUUGAGGAGGAGGUCAAGGCCAAGAAUGCCCUGGCCCAUUCUGUUCAGUCAUCUCGUCAUGACUGUGACCUUCUAAGAGAGCAAUACGAGGAGGAGCAGGAGGCCAAGAAUGAACUGCAGCGUGGAAUGUCCAAGGCUAACAGUGAAGUAGCACAGUGGAGGAGCAAAUAUGAGACUGAUGCCAUUCAGCGCACUGAGGAGCUGGAGGAGGCAAAGAAAAAGCUUGCCCAGCGUCUCCAGGAUGCUGAGGAAUCCAUCGAGGCAGUGAAUGCAAAAUGUGCCUCUCUGGAAAAGACUAAACAGAGACUGCAGAAUGAGGUGGAGGAUCUGAUGAUUGACGUGGAGAGAGCUAAUGCUCUGGCUGCUAACCUUGACAAGAAGCAGAGGAACUUUGACAAGGUCUUGGCAGAGUGGAAGCAGAAGUAUGAGGAGAGCCAAGCAGAACUGGAGGGAGCUCAGAAAGAAGCUCGCUCUCUCAGCACUGAGAUCUUCAAGAUGAAGAACUCCUAUGAAGAAGCUCUGGACCAUCUGGAGACCCUGAAAAGGGAGAACAAGAACCUGCAACAGGAAAUCUCUGAUUUGACUGAACAAAUUGGAGAGACGGGUAAGACCAUCCAUGAGCUUGAGAAAGGAAAGAAGACAGUGGAGUGUGAAAAGACAGAAAUCCAGACUGCUCUUGAGGAGGCAGAGGCUACACUGGAACAUGAAGAAUCCAAGAUUAUCCGUAUUCAGCUGGAGCUCACACAAGUCAAAGGUGAAGUCGACAGGAAAAUUGCAGAGAAGGAUGAGGAGAUAGAGCAGAUCAAGAGGAACAGCCAGAGAGUGAUUGAGUCCAUGCAGACUACUUUGGAUAGCGAGGUCAGGAGCAGAAAUGAUGCCAUAAGAAUCAAGAAGAAGAUGGAAGGAGACCUCAAUGAGAUGGAGAUUCAGCUGAGCCAUGCCAACCGCCAGGCUGCUGAGGCCCAGAAACAAUUGAGAAAUGUCCAGGGACAGCUUAAGGAUGCCCAACUGCACCUUGAUGAGGCCAUAAGAGGACAAGAAGACAUGAAAGAGCAAGUUGCCAUGGUGGAGCGCAGGAACAACUUGAUGCUGGCUGAGAUUGAGGAGUUGAGAGCUGCCCUUGAACAAACAGAGAGGGCUCGCAAAAUAGCCGAACAAGAGCUGGUUGAUGCCAGUGAGCGUGUUGGGUUGCUGCACUCUCAGAAUACCAGCCUUAUCAACACCAAGAAGAAGCUGGAGGCUGACCUUGUCCAGGUCCAAGGUGAGGUGGACGAUACUGUACAGGAAGCAAGAAAUGCUGAGGAGAAAGCCAAGAAGGCCAUCACUGAUGCUGCCAUGAUGGCUGAGGAGUUGAAGAAAGAACAGGACACCAGCGCUCACCUGGAGAGGAUGAAGAAGAACCUGGAGAUCACAGUCAAGGACCUGCAGCACCGUCUGGAUGAGGCAGAGAACCUGGCCAUGAAGGGUGGCAAGAAACAGCUCCAGAAACUGGAAUCUAGGGUGCGUGAGCUUGAAAGUGAAGUUGAAGCUGAGCAGCGGCGUGGUGCAGAUGCUAUCAAAGGUGUCCGUAAAUAUGAGAGAAGAGUGAAGGAGCUGACCUACCAGACUGAGGAGGACAAGAAGAACAUGACAAGACUCCAAGAUCUCGUGGACAAGCUGCAGCUAAAACUGAAGGCAUACAAGAGACAGGCUGAAGAGGCUGAAGAGCAGGCCAACAGUCACCUGUCCAGAUACAGGAAGGUUCAGCAUGAGAUGGAGGAAGCUCAGGAACGCGCCGACAUUGCAGAGUCCCAGGUCAACAAGCUGAGGGCAAGGAGUCGCGAAAUUGGCAAAGGAAAAGAGGCUGAAGAAUAAGCUGCCAACUUAACCAGAGAUGUCAAUGGGAUUCAUAAAAUAUGAGUUUUCACUGAACUUCUCUCACUGAACGAUGUAAGCUUACAUUCAAUAAACUCUAACAUCA